AUGGGAUCCUCCGUCAGCCGCGAGGAUCCUCCUCCUCCCGCUCCAACCCCCGCCUACGCGCCGCCGCCUACCUACGCCCCGGAGGUCCCCCCGCCGUUCACGCCCCCGGUGGGGGAGAAGGCGGCGGCGGAGGAUGAGAAGGUGGACUACAUGAACCUCGGCGUGCCUCUCCCCUACGAAGAGAUCACGCGCGAGGCCUACAUGUCGCUAAAGCCCGACGUGUUCGAGGGAUUCCGCUUCGACUUCACCAAGAUGCUCGGCGAGUACUUCGCUCUGAGCCACAGUGCGACCAUGGGAAACAUGGAGCUCCCUUCACGGGGCGACGAUGUGAUCAAGGUCCCCACCACAAGCUACGAGUUUGGUGCCAACUUCUUUGAUCCCAAGAUGAUGCUCAUCGGCAGGAUGUCGCAUGAAGGAAGGUUGAACGCCCGUGUCAAGUAUGAUCUCACGGACGAUAUUAUCCUAAAAUACAAUGCCCAGGUGACAAGUGAGCCUGGUUAUUCCCAAGGCAUGGGUAGUAUUGAUUAUAAGGGCAAAGAUUUUAGAUCCCAACUUCAGUUUGGGAACAAUGAAUUCUUUGGAGCCAACUACAUCCAGAGUGUCACAAAGAAUCUCUCCUUGGGAACUGAAGCUUUUUGGCUUGGACAACAAAGGAAAUCAGGAGUUGGAUUUGUUGCUAGAUAUGAUACAAAGAAUAUGGUUGCAACUGGACAAAUUGCAAGCACUGGAGUGGUUUCACUGAGUUAUGUUCAGAAAGUAUCUGAAAAGGUUUCCCUUGCUACUGAUUUCAUGUACAAUCAUUUGUCAAAAGAUGUAACAGCAAGUGUCGGUUAUGAUUAUAACCUGAGACAGUGUCGUUUGAGGGGCAAGGUCGAUACCAAUGGCGUAGUUACUGCUCUUUUGGAGGAGAGGUUGGGCGGACCCCUCAAUUUGGUUCUUUCAGCAGAGCUUGAUCACUGGAAGAAGGAUUACAAAUUCGGGUUUGGCAUGACCAUCGGAUAGUCAGAUAGCUAGAGUGACUUAAGGGAGGGAGAGAGAGAGAGGCAUGUACUAUUAUAGCAGUUGGCAUUUGUCGAUAAGGAUGGAGACGUUUGAAGAUUUGCUUUCAUUUUGUUUUCUGUUAUUGAUUUGGCUGCUGUGCCCUUUGGCCAACUGAAGGCACCUUCUCACUGUACCACCGGGCUCGUCACUUUUGAUACGCCUUGUCAUUAGGUUAAAUUUGGCUAUGCGCUUGAGUUGUGCUGAGACAGAAUUUGAAUAUAUUCUUACAAUCUGCUGUGCUCACGUCAACG